UCACCGUACCGGAACGAUUCACAGGUGUUGUGAUGGCCGACUUUGCCCCUCCAAACCUAGACGUCAUCAGAGGCUGGAUCAAGGGAGAUGAAGGCCAUUUCAACUGGGAGCAUAUGUUUAGGUUUGCAGCAGAAACCGCUGAUGCCAAAGAUGUCUCAGAGUGGAUAGAAAGACAAAUUAGUCACAUCAAGAAAUCGGUGAACAAAGUUGUCACCUGUGACGUCAGUGAAGAAUUCCCUUUAGGAGCAGACUUCGUAGAGGCAUUCGAUGUCGUCUUGGUUAGUUUUUGUCUUUGCAGUGUUGCAAGAAGUCUCACAGAAUACACACGUUUGCUGAAAAACGCAUCAUCUCUUCUCCCUUCUGGUGGCUAUCUGGUUAUGCGCGAUGAAUUGUUUGUCAAGUCUUACAUGGUUGGUGACAAAACGUUCCACCAUAUUGAUAUGCAGUGAAAAACGCCGUACGUAAUGCCAUGUUUGAACUGCUGGAAUAUCGGGAAUGUGAACCUAAGAAUAUCGACCAAGGGACGGAUAAAUACUCAGCCUUUGUCUUGUUGGCAAGAAAGAUAUAACAAUUCAACACCCUGUGUUCUAUUUUUAAAUGCUCUAUUAAAGCACUAUUAUCCUGUUUCUAUCAUUAACCAAUGUUAGUAAUAAAAUAAAUCCUUUUGAUGACGAUAUGCUCUCA